UUCUUUCUUAUUCUCUCUUUGUUCUUUUGUUUGUUUUCUUUUAAUUCCCUUUUCUUCCAUUUCUUAUUUAUAUUAGCUUAGUUUAAUAAAUUCUUUCAUCUUUUCAUUAGCCUAGCAUCUGUUACAUAUACAUGAGCCUUUCCACAAAAUUCCAUGAAGAACAAAUGAUCUUAGCUAUGAAAACUAGGCAAUACCUGGAAUCAUGAUCAUGUACUCCAAGAAUGAUGAAAUUCCAUUUCUCUUGUUUUGCUUUUAAUUAUGUCGUGUGAUUAGGAAUAGUUGUGUCUAGAGUUGAUUUCUAAAAGAAAAACAAAGCUUUGAUACUCAUGAUUUGAAGGGAUAAUCAUGUUGAAACUCAUAGUCAUGAAUAUUUAGUUGAUAAUGUCUAACUAAAAUUUGAUUCAAGCUGUUAAUUUCCAAACUUAAGCUUAAUUUAAACAAACUUCCGAUCCCCUGUACUCUAGUUCAUACUGAUGCAUUACUUUCCUCACUUAACUAUAUAUUCUUCUCUAUAAUCAUUCGGUUUAUUUCCUCUCUCAUUUCUUACCUUUUAAUUUUAAUGCAAAUGAUUUCAUAUCUAAACCAAUUUAGGAACCCGUAGACAAACUGGAACAUGAUACUUAAUAUGUAUUUUGUUUGCAUGAUCUUAAGUCAUAUACACGCUUAAAAAUAUACAUAGGAAACAAAUGACAUACAAGUUUCUUUAUUAAUAAUACUGUGUUUGAUUUCUAUAUAUUUCUAGUAUAUGAACUUGAAUUUACUUUAACACUUUAAAGACUAUUAAUUAUAAGUAUAGUUAGUUAAGAAAUAGUUGUUUUUGAUGAGUGAAUAGGUAUCAUAGAAGAAGGUGAUCGCUCAGGUUAUUUUUGAAAGCUCUGAGGUAAGGGGAAUCGCUAAUAAUAAGUUUCGAUGAGCACAAGAAAUGUGUUACUUGUAUAUAUAUUAUUAGUUAUAACUAGGGGUGUUGUGUACUUUAUAUAGUAAUUUAUAUUCAUUAAGGUAUAUGCAAAAUGUUAAAUGAUGAGUGAUUGAUUUUAGUUUGAUUAUAUGUGUGAAUAAAUCUUCUGCAAUAUAUGAUUUGAAAAUGUUCAUGUGUUUGAGUGUUAUGGUGAAAAAUUGAGGUGAUCUCAUAAGUUGUAUGGUGAGUUUAGAAGAUUAAUAUGUCUAAGUUAGAUAUUGACAAAGACAAAUUAAGUUGAAGAAUUAAAUAAUUAAUCACCUUUGAUAGGUGAAGAGCAAAACAGGGUGUUUCUUACAGUACUAUAAUGUAUGUAAGACUGAGGAUAGGUUCGGCUGGGUCGCCUCAAGACCUAAUGGGGAUCACCGGCGUUUUGAACUCCUACCAAUAGUCAGAGAUAGCCACUCUGACUGGAGGAAAUCAUAUAACCCGACGUGGUGAAACCUGACUGUGCAGGACUAUCUAUAAUAAGGUGUAGCGCUCGGGCCAGAAUGGUUGAGACAUAUUUGAUAUAUGUUGAUUUGCAAACAACCAUGUUAUGGCAGUUGAAACGGCCUUACGCUCAUAAUAGAGGUCUCCAUGGAGUAGGUUGAAUAAAGAUAAUACUAACCAAGUUAGAAGACUAACUUUGAGUGAAGAAUUAUGAUUGAAUUUUAUAUACAUUUUAAAUGAUUAAAUUUUGAUGAUUGAUAUAUUGGAUAUAUUUGAUUAUCUUUGUUUUUAACUAAUUGUUGAAUUGUGAUAUUGAUAUAAUGUUUUGUGCAAUUCAUAUUUUUGUGACUAUUUGACUAUACGUGACUAUUUGACUACUUGAUUCUAUUUGAUGUAAAUACAUGAUUAGAUACUCAGGUAUGUAUAUAUACUAGUUAAAUAAAUGUAUAUACUUGUAUAAUAUUAUGUGUAGCCUUGUGACAUCAUCACGAUGGUAACUUGUGUACGAGUGAUUCACCCCUUACAACAGUUAGUGCAGGAUACUAAGACCUCCAGUUGAAGUUCAUUGAGGAAAGGAAAAUGGCAUUGUGAGAGACAUUAAAAUAAAGAACGUUAGUGCUGAUUGGUGGUCUAGUUUUAUUUUUGGAGUCCGAAGAGAAGAUCUCUUUGAUACGUAUUGAUGAUGUCAUUGGACUGAAUGACAGAUAUCUGUGGUGUUUGAUCAGCUCGUGAUUAUUUGUGGGUUAGAGUCUUUUGUAGGAAUUUAUCUUUUUAUCAUUUUAAAUUGAAAAAUUGUACGAUACUUAUGUGAAUUGGAAAUGUUUUAUAUUUGAAAAUCCUUUGAGCAAAAUUACUAGAUGAUUGUUUAAUAUAAGUGAUGCAUAUUAUUUAUGGGCUUACUUUAAAUUUAUAUAAAGAGAAUUUUGAAAACUUUCUUAAAUAAAAAUAAUAGUACUUAUAUUCGAGAACAUUUCUCACUUAUUACUUUUCCUUUACCAAAAAUAAACCAGCAUAAUUUUAUUUGCUUGUAUUUAAGCAUUUAAAUUUGGGUAGAGAACUGUGACGCUCUUCUUUUCAGUCUCUGAAAAGGGGGUGUUACAAAAAGCAUUUGUGUAAAAGUCUUUUCGAGUGAAGAAAAGCAGUUUGUAUUGAUCCAGUUGUGAUCAAGUUUUUGAUGCGAAGCAGAAGGUUCUGAUCUGAGCAUUUAUAGUGGACAAUCUCACAAGGACUGUGAGGACUGGACUAGCCCAAGUUGGGUGAACCAGGAUAACUUUUGUGUGUUUUUCUCUUGGACUCUAAAAUUCUUAAAACAUACUAAACUAACUAACUGAGUAAUACCAGAGUGCUCUGGGCCUUAAACAUUUACUUAUUCAGCAACUAAUUCAGUAUUUAUUUUGUUCAUUGUUUAUUUUAUUGUUGCUAACUAUAUUUCUUUGUUCAUUGUUAUCUAACCAAUUAAAAGAAAUAUUGUCUUGAGUUAUUUUAAACUCACAUAAAAGAUUUUUAAAAAGGGUCACAAUUCAAACCCCCCCUUUCUUGUGACAUUUAUUGCUACUUCAAUUGGCAUCAGAGCCUGUCUCUACAGGUUUAUACACUUAACAAGUGUUAGAGGAAAAAGAUUCAGGAAGAAAAAAUGUCAAAAGAAAGAUACAUUCCAGAAGGAGGAUAUGCUUCAAGACCACCUUUGUUCACUGGAAAGAAUUACUAUUUUUGGAAAAACAAAAUGCAAUUGUUUUUAAAAUCUCAAGAAGUAGGAAUGUGGCGCAUAGUCACAGAAGGAGAUUAUGUUCCUACUGUAACUUCUGCUGAGGGAGUCAUUUCAGACAAACCUGAAGAUGCAUGGACAACUGCAGAACAACAAAAGGUACUCCUAAACUCUAAAGCUCAUUUAUUUCUAUCUUGUGCUCUAAGCAUGGAAGAAAGUGAAAGAGUAGAUGAAUGUGAUACUGCUAAAAAGGUUUGGGACACUUUACAAGUUCACCAUGAAGGAACUAGUCAUGUAAAAGAAACAAGAAUAGACAUAGGAACUAAUAAAUUUGAAACUUUUGAAAUGAUUGAAAACGAAACUAUUGAUGAAAUGUUUUCAAGAUUUACUACUAUUAUAAAUGAAUUAAGAUCUCUUGGAAAAACUUUUUCAACUAAUGAUAGAAUUAGAAAACUUUUGAGAUGUCUUCCAGUCACUUGGAGACCAAUGGUUACUGCCAUUACUCAAACUAAAGAUUUGAAAACACUUCCCAUAGAAGAUCUUAUUGGUACUUUAAAAGCUCAUGAAGUUAUUCUUCAAGGAGAUAAACCUCUAAAAAAGGAAAAAACCAUUGCUUUAAAAGCCUCUCAAAAAGAUAUAAGUUUUUUAGAAGAUAACUCUAAGGAAUUAGAACCUACCCAAGAAGAGGCAGAAGGAGAAUUAGCUCUCAUUUCUGGCAAAAUCCAACGUAUGUUAAGAAGAAGAGAUCAAAUUAGAAGAAACUUUUCUUCAGGAAAAGACAUGCAGAAAAAUGACUUUGACAAAAGUCAAGUAACCUGCUUUGGUUGCAACAAACUUGGACAUUACAAAUCAGAAUGUCCCUUAAACAAAUCACCCAGAAAUUUUCCCUUCAAGAAAAAAUCUAUGUUAGCUACCUGGGAUGAUGAUGAUGAAUUUGAAACAAAUAAAGAAGAAGAAGAAGCCAACAUCUGUCUAAUGGCAGAUUCAGAAAAUGAUGAGGUAUUUCUCUUUGAUAAAACUCAUCCUUAUGAAGAAUUAGAAACUAAUUUUGAUAGUUUAUUACAUGAUUCUGAAUUCUUAUCCAAACAAUGUUUUUUGUUACAAAAAGAAGUUUCUGAACUAAAAGAAAAAAAGAAAAAAAGAAAAAACUUCAAAUUGACAUUCUUAAUUUUGAGAAAAUUAACAAAGACUUAAUUGAGUCAAAAGAAAAACAUGUUUGCUCUAGUGUUUUAUCUAAGAAAAUAGAUGAAAAUGUUGUGUUGAAAAAUGAAAUAAAAGAACUAAGAAAUGAUCUCACUGGGUUUAUAAAAUCAACUGAAACUUUUCAAAACAUUAUGGGAUCACAAUCUCAAGCUCUUAACAAAAAUGGCUUAGGUUUUAAUGAAGUUAAAAACAAAAUUUUUGAAAAUGUUCUUUUACCAGCAAAUAAAGAGUUUAAGUUGAGAUGUUCAUUUUGUAACAAAAAUGGUCAUCAUGAAUCAAUUUGCUAUCAAAAAGAAAGUUAUGAAAGUUUUUACUAUGAACCAAAACGUUAUCGUCACUUGGAAAGAAAAAAUAAACAUUGUUCAUUUUGCAAAAACCUUGGGCAUCUUGAAAAAGAAUGCUAUUUUAAAAAUAAACAAAUUGUGAAAACUAACCCUCAAGGACCCAAGUCAUUAUGGGCACCUAAACGAAAAUUUCAAAAUGCAGGGAUACUAUCAAAGUGCAAAGAAAAAGCCAUGGUUUUUGGACAGUGGCUGUUCAAAACACAUGACAGGAGAUAAAAGAUGUUUUCUCUCCUUCAUCAAAAAAGAAGGAGGGUCAGUUACGUUUGGUAAUAAUAAUACUGCACAAAUAAAAGGAAAAGGUAUUAUAGGUAAUAAUGAUUCUGCAAAAAUUGAAGAUGUUCAAUAUGUAGAAGGUCUAAAACAUAAUUUACUUAGUAUCAGUCAAUUAUGUGAUAGUGGUUUUGAAGUUAUUUUUAAACCAAAUAUUUGUGAAGUCAAACAAACUUCAUCAGGAAAAGUUUUCUUUUCCGGAUCAAGAAAGAAAAAUUUGUAUGUUUUAUACUUAGAUGACAUUCCAGCUGAAUCAUGUUUUAUGUCUAUCGAAAAAGAUAAAUGGAUUUGGCACAAAAGAGCUGGUCAUAUAAGCAUGAAAACAAUUUCAAAAUUAUCUCAACUUGAUCUAGUAAGAGGUCUUCCAAAAAUCAAGUUUGACAAAGAUAAAAUCUGUGAAGCUUGUGUAAGAGGAAAACAAGUCAAAAGUAGUUUUUAUCCAAAAGAUUUUAUUUCAACUAAAAAACCUCUAGAACUACUUCACAUUGAUUUAUUUGGUCCUGUCAACACCACUAGUCUUGGUGGAAAACAAUAUGGUUUUGUUAUAGUUGAUGAUUUCUCCAGAUACACAUGGGUUUUGUUUUUGAAAAAUAAAGAUGAAUCUUGUGAUGCUUUCAAAAACUUUUGUAAACUUGUUCAAAAUGAACAAAGCUCAAAUAUCAUCUCUGUCAGAAGUGAUCAUGGAGGAGAAUUUGAAAAUUCAUCUUUCAAAUCAUUCUUUGAUGAAAAUGGUAUUUCUCAUAAUUUUUCUUGUGCAAGAACUCCUCAGCAAAAUGGAGUUGUUGAAAGGAAAAAUAGAACUCUACAAGAAAUGGCAAGAACAAUGUUAAAUGAAUCAAAUGUUGAAAAAUAUUUUUGGGCUGAAGCCAUUAGUACUUCUUGCUAUAUUUUAAAUAGAGUUUCAAUAAGAAAAAUUCUAGACAAAACUCCAUAUGAACUUUGGAAAAAUAGAAAACCAAACAUAUCAUAUUUUCAUAUUUUUGGAUGUUUUUGUUAUAUCUUAAACACAAAAGAUAAUCUUGGUAAAUUUGAUUCAAAAUCAGAUAAAGCUAUUUUCUUAGGUUAUGCUACUAAUUCUAAAGGAUAUAGAAUUUAUAACUUAAAAACACAAACCAUGGAAAUAAGCAUGAAUAUUAUCUUUGAUGAAUUUGAUGAUCUUAUAAUGCCAUCAAUUGAUGAUGAGCAAGAAAGACUAACUUCUCAGGAUGUUCCAAAUCAAAAGAAAGAAGAUGAUCCUCUUCUUCCUCCAAAAACAUUGAGAAUUGUUGGGAAUCAUCCUCAAGAUCAAAUCAUUGGAAGUUCCACUGAUGGAAUAAGAACAAGACUAUCAUUCAAAGACAAUGAUAACAACAUGGCAAUGAUCUCCCAGAUAGAGCCAAAAUCCAUUGGUGAAGCCAUUAUUGAUAAAUCAUGGGUAGAAGCAAUGAGAGAAGAACUUCUUCAGUUUGAGAAAAAUCAAGUAUGGUCACUUGUUCCAUCUCCUACAGAUCAUUCAAUCAUAGGAACAAGAUGGGUUUUUCGAAACAAGCUAGAUGAAGAAGGUAAGGUUAUUAGAAACAAGGCAAGACUUGUUGCUCAAGGGUAUAACCAGCAAGAAGGUAUUGAUUACGAUGAAACUUUUGCUCCAGUUGCCAGGUUAGAAGCAAUAAGAAUUCUUUUAGCAUAUGCAUCACAUAAAAAUAUUAAAUUAUUUCAAAUGGAUGUUAAAAGUGCUUUUUUAAAUGGUUUUCUAAAUGAAGAGGUGUAUGUUCAUCAACCUCCUGGUUUUGAAAAUGAAAAGAAAAAAGAUCAUGUGUUCAAACUUUCAAAAGCUUUGUAUGGUCUAAAACAAGCUCCAAGAGCUUGGUAUGACAGAUUAAGUGCAUUCUUAAUCAAGAACAAUUUUUCUAGAGGAAAAAUUGACACAACUCUUUUUACAAAAAUUGAUAAAUUGGAUUUAUUAAUUGUUCAAGUCUAUGUUGAUGAUAUUAUUUUUGGAUCAACAAAUGAAAAAUUAUGUGAAGAUUUUUCCCAUCUCAUGCAAAAUGAAUUUGAGAUGAGCAUGAUGGGAGAACUGAGAUAUUUUCUUGGUUUACAAAUUAAACAAGAAAUGAAUGGAAUUUUUAUUUGUCAAGAAAAAUAUAUUAAAAAUCUUCUCAAAAAAUAUAAAAUGAAUGAAGCCAAAAUUAUGGCAACUCCCAUGCAUCCAUCUACAAAUUUGGAUAAAGAUGAGGAAGGAAAAAUUGUUCCUGAAAAGGAAUAUAGAGGUAUGAUUGGAUCUCUAUUGUACUUAACUGCAAGUAGACCAGACAUAGUUUUUGCAGUAGGUUUAUGUGCACGUUUUCAAACUUCUCCUAGAGAAUCGCACCUAACUGCUGUUAAAAGAAUUUUCAGAUAUCUUGUCGGUACUACUAAUCUUGGUCUUUGGUAUAGCAAAGAUUCUAUUUUUGAUUUAAUAGCUUAUUGUGACGCUGACUACGCUGGAGACAAAAUUGAAAGAAAAAGUACAAGUGGUGCAUGCCAAUUUCUUGGAAAAGCACUCAUAAGCUGGUCAUGCAGAAAACAAAACACGAUAGCAUUAUCUACCACUGAAGCUGAAUAUGUGUCAGCUGCAAGCUGUUGCUCUCAAGUUCUCUGGAUUAAAAAUCAGCUUGAGGAUUUCUCAAUAAGGUACGAAAAUGUACCUAUUUAUUGUGAUAAUACUAGUGCAAUUAAUUUGUCAAAAAAUCCCAUUCAACAUUCAAGAUCCAAGCAUAUUGAGAUAAAACAUCAUUUUAUUAGGGAUCACGUUAAUAAAAAGGAAAUUGAACUAAUUUUUGUUGACACAGAUAAUCAACUAGCUGAUAUCUUCACUAAACCCUUAGUAGAAGAUCGUUUUAAUGAGUUAAAAGUUAAAUUAAAAAUAAUUCAAAAUCCCAUUAAAAGCUAGUAAUCCAGAAAUAUCUAAGGUGAAUUAAAAAAAUUAUCAUUU